ACGGUUUCCAAAUGCAGGAAGUUCGGAGUCUUCCAGAUCCAGAAAGGCCAUCGUGGACUGUCACCUCACGGGAGCUGAAUUUCUUUUCCUGCGGUGGGAAGCGAUCUGAGAGAUGUUUUUCUCUCCGGACGGACUGCAGAAGAGCGGAUUUUUUCGCAAGUUCAGAACGCUUUCUUCUCUUUUUCUUUCCCGGCCUUCUCUUGCGCUUCUCUCCGCCUUCCUCGUGGGUGCUCCCAGUUUCUUCGCAACUUCUUUAGACUUUUUUUCUCCAAAAACGCGCGCUGGCCCUCGGCGUCCGACUUUCGAGAACACUUGAAAGGGUGCAGACGCCGCGCGUCGAUUUUUAUUCUUCCCCCGAUUUUCGUGGACUCUCGAACUUUUCAGAAAGCUUCUUCUUCUCCUCUGUCCGCCACGAUGCAGGCUCUGAACGUGCAGGUCAAAGAGGCCUUUCGCCGCGCCCUUGCCGCAGCAUUCCCCUCGGUCGACCAUGCCCCCAUCAUCACAGUGUCGAAAUUCGGAGACUUUCAGUGUAACAGCGCUAUGGCUCUGUUUAAACAGAAGAGCAAAGAAGAACUUGGCGUACAAUCUCCGAAAGAGGCUGGAGAGAAAAUCGCCGCUCAACUGAAAGACGAAUCUCUGUUCUCGAACGUCCAGGCGUCUCCCCAAGGAUUUGUCACGGUGGACAUUUCUGGCGCCUGGCUGUGCAAGGACUUGAAAGAAAUCCUGAAGCAGAAGGGCCAUCUCCAAGUUCCUCACGCCGAGAAAAAGCUUCGUGUGAUGGUCGAUUUCUCCUCGCCGAAUGUUGCCAAGGAGAUGCACGUCGGUCACCUGCGAUCGACCAUAAUCGGCGAGUCUAUCUGCCGCAUUCUCGCCUUCCACGGCCAUGAGGUUCAGCGCAUUAAUCACAUCGGCGACUGGGGGACCCAGUUCGGGAUGCUCAUCGAGUACCUCCACAGUCAAUUCCCCGACUAUAAGGCGAACAUGCCGGACAUCAGCGACUUGAACGCGUUCUACAAGAAAGCCAAGGCUGCGUUCGAUGCGGACGAGGACUUCAAGACGCGAAGCAGAGAGAUGGUUGUGAAGCUGCAAGGUGGAGACGAGGCGGCCCUGGAGUCUUGGCGGCUGAUCUGCGACGUGAGCAGGAAAGAAUUCGAGAAAGUUUACAAGAGGCUGGACGUCUCUCUGGAAGAACGCGGGGAGAGCUACUACAACGCAGUGUUGCCUAAGGUCGUGCAGGAGCUCACAGACAAAGGAAUGGUCACCGUGUCUGACGGGGCGAAAUGCGUCUUCACCAAAGUCAGCGAAGUGCCGCUCAUGGCUGUGAAGAGCGACGGAGGCUUCGGCUACGACUCCACUGACCUGGCGGCCGUCCGCGAUCGCUUGGUGGAGCGCCGAGGCGACUGGUUGAUCUACGUCACAGACUUGGGCCAGGAGGAACACUUUACGAAGAUUUUUGCGGCAGCAGAGCAAGCAGGCUGGCACUUGCCUCCAAAGACGCGUCUUGAUCACAUGGGGUUCGGCGUUGUUCAGGGCCAAGACGGGAAGCGAUUCAAAACGAGGAGUGGAGAAGUCGUGAAACUCGUUGACUUGCUCGACGAAGCGAAGGCUCGAGCACUGAAGGAGCUGCGGAGACGAAAAGAAGAAGAGAAAGAAGAAGAGAAACGCGAAAGUGGAGACGGAUGCAACGCCUCUCCCUGCACAGGCACGACGGUGGCAGACGAGGAAAUGGACAAUGCCGCGGAGGCGAUCGGAUACUCCGCUGUGAAAUACUUCGACUUGAAGCAGAAUCGCCACACAGAUUACAAAUUCUCCUACGACCGCAUGCUCGAUCCGAAAGGCAACACUGCAGUGUACAUGAUGUACGCGUACGCCCGAAUCUGCGCAAUCUUCAGAAAGGCCGACGUCGAUAUCUCGACUCUCGAUCCAGAAGAGCUGAAAAUCGAGGAGCCCGCUGAAAGGAAGUUGGCCGUCACCCUCGCUCAGUUCCCCGAUGUGUUGGCCACCAUCUUGGACGACUUGCACAUUCAUCGGUUAGCUGAGUACAUGUACAAAGUGUCCGGCGCAUUCACUGACUUCUAUCAGGCCUGCAAAGUGCUGGGGAGUCCUCAGCAAAACACGCGCCUUCUGCUGUGUGAGGCAACUCGCAAAGUCCUUCAGGCGUCUUUCUAUUUGCUCGGCAUCACGCCUCUUGAACGCAUCUAGAAAACAUGCUUUUCGCCUCGGUCACGUGCAUUUUCGAGGAGUGCACAGCUUCGUCAGGCAUCGGGACUACCGAAUGAAACGUUUUCUUGCGUUCCUUGUAGCUUCUUUCCUGACGAUUUGGCAGCGCAGGGUAUUCGCAGGAAUGUCACGAAGAGGCAGCGGUCUCGAACUGCGAGGCGUGGAGUAGAGCUGCUUUCCACAUUUCCUUACCUGCGUGAAGGCUUACAGGACCGUUUUUGUCUGUGUUUACGUCUGCCUUCUGAUAAAACUCUGGGAGCAGGCUGUUCCGAGCAGAUGCGCGAUUUCGUUCUCCCUGUGGUUGUACGUGAGCUUACAUGCAGUGUCAGUGAACGUCGCACAUCGCUGGCUUGUCUGCAUCUGUGUGGACAUCUCUUCAUGCUGGUGUUGGCGUUGUCUUGUGGUCAAGAUGUAGACCCUUUUCCGCCGUCGAAGAAUUUCUUUCGUUCGGAG